GGUGAAGACUAAAAGGAUAUAAGGAAGGGGACUCACGGUUUUACAGGUGCGGCAUACGACGACCAACAGAAUAUUCGGACCGCAGAACGGCGACACAAUGCUGUUCGGUGUCUCAGACAAGGAAUGUUGUACGUUUCCUUUUCCUCUCUUGUCACCCUCCGCUUUAACUAAUUUACCUAUACCUCUACAAAUUACAUGAAAACAAACUUUACCUGACCAAUAUAAUCACAAUUUUCAUUUAUCUUCCAAGACAUUUACCAUACAUAAAUACACAAGUGCGGCGCACACUUUCUUGCGCGGAUUGCAAAAUUCUUUCAUCUCUCAAUUUUUAAAUUUGUGUUAAGUGUUUUUUGUUUUAGUUUUAUUCAAAAAAAAAAAAAAAAAAAUUGUGCAGAACGAAGGAAUAAAAAAUUGUGAGACGAAUGGAUUAUAAUAAUAAUAAUUGAAGAACAAUAUUAUUAAAAUGUGUUAAUUUUUAAAAAUAGCUGUUACUUCAAUUAAUAAGUUUCUCGAUUUGAAUUUAUUGAAGAUCGAAGAUGAGGUACGUUAUCAUAAUUAUUGGCAUCCUGUCAACAAGUAUCGCUCAAGAUGCCAAUGAGUGUGAUAGAAAUUGGCAUAAUUUAGAAACUGAAGAAUCGUCGAGAUUAAAUUGCGGUCCUAUGUUUGAAAGACGUUGUCAAUGCGAAAGAAUAUGUUUCGAACGAGAACACAAAUUUGUAGUUAAUUGCACCAAUGCUGGAUUUACAACAACUGCACCAUUGUCCUAUUUGCCAAAUAAAACUCAGGUUUUACUUUUUACGGGAAAUAAUAUAAAUACACUGCCACCAAAUAUUUUUGGUACUCUUGAUUCAUUCCCGGAUUUGGAAAUAAUUGACAUGUCAAAUAAUCAUAUUAAAAUAAUUAAAGGACAAUCUUUUCAUCAUGUCAGAAAUGUGAGACGAUUAAUAUUGGAUUUUAACGACAUUUCUUUGGAUCCUGCUAGAAGUCAUCCAAGAAUUUUCUCUAAUUUCAUCUCUCUUGAAGAACUUCAUCUCACGGACGCUUUUGAAGAUUCGCCAAACCCGAAAGAAUUGGCCUCAACACUUCACGAUAUUUUUGUAAAUAGUAAUCUGACAAAGUUACGUAAAUUGCAUUUGGAGCAAAAUGAAAUUUCAGAAUUUCGUGAUUCCAAUGUUUUUUGUGAUCUAUCAAAUCUUUGGGAUUUGCAUCUUGGUGAUAAUCAAUUGACUGCUUUACAUUUUAAUUUAUCCUGUCUACAUAAUUUACGAUUUUUGGAUCUUCAACGUAAUAGAUUCACAAGAAUAUUGGAACGUGAUUUACAUACUUUGGAUACAUUUGCAAAACACAAUCAAUCUGUAACUGUUGAUUUCACAUGGAAUCCAUUUGAAUGUAAUUGUAAAUUAAAUCCUUUUAUCAAAUGGAUGAAUAAGACAAAGAUCAUAAUUAGAAAUAAGGAAAAUUAUACGUGUAAAAAAGAUUAUAAAAUGAAAAUUCACUUAACAAAAGACUGCGCGCCAACAUUGAGAGGAGUUUCCAGACAUUCUGGAACAACUGUACUCCUUUGUUUAUUAUCACUUUUGGUAAUUUCACUUGUUGGUGGAUUUAUUUAUAUGCAACGAGCAGAACUGAAAAAGAAAUUUGAACCCGUGCUCGAUUCUAUGAAUAAAAGAGUACGCUAUACGACAAUAGCAACUGGUGAAACUAGAGAAGUAGAUGUAUAAACAAACAUUUUAAAAAAGGGAGUUAAAAAAGUUUAAAAUUUUUUAAUACUUAAAAAAAAUAAACUAAUAAAAAAAAAUCGAGUAAAGAAAUUAAUGAAAAAAAUGAAUCUCGAAACUUAAAAAUUAAACAAAAUUUAAAGUUUGAGUUAUUAACUUUUUUUUAACUUGAAUUAAAAAUAACUGAAUUCAUAACUGAAUUAAGAUUCAUUUAUUUUUAAAUCACAUUUAGUUGAACUACAUUAAUAAUAACUUUGUUGACAAUUAAUGUGAUAUGUGUAUAUUUUAUAUUUUGAAAUUAUUCCGUUAUUGUGAAAUAAUAGAUAUUUAUAUUCACUUUCUUUUAGAAUUUAAUCGUAGGAACAAAAUUUUAUUUUAAGUAUUUUAUUAAAUAUUUACUAAAAAUUCAUUAUUUUUUUUUCUAUAUUUAUACUAUUUUUGAUAACAAAGAGAAAAUUCUAAAAUUUAUCAACGAGUGCUAAUAGUUUACUAUAUUAUUGUUAAAAAUAAAUAAUAGUCAUAUAUAAAAUAUUUAAGAAUUUAAAAAUGCAAAUAAAAGACUAAGAGUAAAUUAA